UUUACGAAUGCAGUGUCGCCACGGGAGAAGGUUUGGUGACGAGACGGGAGCCCUGUUCCUUAGAGACUGGCCGGCACGUUGUCUUUGCGCAGCUUGUAUGGAGGGGAUUGUCUGUGGUGUAUGCACGCUGGAGGACUCAGAUUCUUUUUUGAGAUGUUGAUUUUCGAAAGUGCGGAAGCCACCAACGCCGUCAUAGAGCGCCACCAGUGCUUCCCCUGUCGCAGACCAUCCGACCACAAGGCUAACUUUGCACGGGUUUCACCUCAAAACCGCGUCCAUCGGCAGCCUGCCCAGAGUUUGCUGCCAGCCUUGUUGACUGCAAGUCUGCCAUUAUUCCCCCCUCCGUAUAAUUGCAACCACACAACCACACAACCACACAACGGCCCAAGGCCAGCCCGCAUCAGAGAGUUCCGCGAGCCCACUGCCCACGAAUCUUUCACCGUUACCCUGGCACGCCGUUUUGCGAAGUCUCGUUCUCUGCUCAGGCCUGCCUUCAAUUACAACCUAUCAACCGGCAACGUGUCUCGCCGGGGAUGGCUGACCGCCUCUCAGAUCAUGACUUCACUAUCUCUGGGUGGAGGCCAUGCCUGUUUUACCAAUCACUUCAAGCGCAAGUUUAAUACAGUAUAAUUCUCCAUUUGGGCCAUUGAGAGGUAUCUCACCAUACUUGCGUUGUUCACCUGCUCGCUAUUGGGCGAGUCGAGAGCCACGCAUCGGGCCGUGUUUGAACCCCCCUGCUUCGGAGAGCUGGCGGUAAUAUGAUGAUAUGGCCCCCAUGAACACCUUGUGGACGGAGCCAGGGGUCCCGUCCGUCCCAUUCCGACACGU